CCACAAUCAUUGCAAUAACGAUAUAGUUUCAUGUGCGCACGUCACCAGGUAUCUACGUUACUACAGUAGGCACUGCGGUAACCAUACUGACCAGGUGUUCCUCCCACAGGUGAUGGUGACGGUGCUGGACAAGAACGACUCUCCGCCCUCCUUCGGCGACUCCCCGCUGCACUACACCGUCUCGGAAGACAUGCUGGCGGGGCGCCGCAUCGCCAUUCUCAAGGCCACUGACCCCGACACCCCCGGCACCCUCACCUACUCCAUCGUGGGCGGCGACGACAACAAGUUCACGCUGGACGCCGCCACGGGCCACCUCAGCCUCCAGGACACCCUCGACCGAGAGACCAAGAGCCAAUACGACCUGACGGUGCGUGCCGACGACGGCGUGCAGCACACCGACACCACCAUCUUCAUCGAGGUGACGGACACCAACGACAACCCGCCGGUGUUCCACGAGCCCGCCUACUCUUUCGACAUCCCCGAGGACGCCGACAGGGGCUCCCAGGUGGGCAAGGUGUCGGCGUGGGAUGCUGACGAAGGGACCAACGGGCAGGUGUCCUACACGGUCAUCUCGGACUGGGGCAACGAUGUCUUCUCCCUCAACCCACAGACCGGCGUCUUCACCCUCACCUCCAGGCUGGACUACGAGCAGGUGCAGCACUACAUCCUGGUGGUGCAGGCGCAGGACACGGGGCGGCCCUCCCUCUCCUCCACCGUCACCGUCUACUUCAACGUGCUGGACCUCAACGACAACGCUCCCAUCUUCGACCCCAUGAGCUACUCCGACGAGGUCUUCGAGAACAUCACCGUCGGCUCCUCGGUCCUCUCCGUCUCGGCCACCGACCAAGACUCAGGCCUCAACGGGAAGCUGGAGUACACCAUCUCUGGCGGCGAUGAGAAGGACCAGUUCGCCAUCAGCUCCAACGGCACCAUCAGCACCAAGGCGCCGCUGGACCGCGAGGAUCAGAGCUUCUACAACCUGGUGGUGCGCGCCUCGGACAUGGCCAUGCCGCCCCACGCGCGCCUCUCCUCCACCGUGCAGGUCACCAUCAUUCUGCGCGACGUGAACGACUUGGCUCCGGAGUUCGUGACGCCCAACGAGACGGUGGUGGAGGAGAACACUCCCGUCAACACUGUGGUGAUGGCCGUCAAGGCUGUGGACCGGGACGAGGGACGCAACUCCUACAUCGAGUACUCCCUUGCACCUGUCCCUGGUAACCGCUUCGCCCUGGGCCCCGUCGACGGCCUUCUUCGGAUUGUGGCGCCGCUGGACCGUGAGGAUCGAGCUAACUACUCCCUGGUGGUGACGGCGAGAGACCGAGGCAACCCACCCAACGCCCACACCCUUACCAUCAGCCUCCGCGUCGCCGACGAGAACGACAACUCGCCCAUCUUCGACCCCAAACAGUAUUCUGCCAGCGUGCCCGAGAACGCGUCCAUCGGACUGUCGGUGCUGCAGGUGUCGGCCACAGAUGCCGACGACAGCCUGAACGGUCGCGUGCGGUACACCAUCGUGGCGGGCGACAAAAACCGUGACUUCUCCAUCAGCGAGGACACGGGCAUCAUCCGCGUGGCCAAGAACCUCAACUAUGAGCGGCGCAACCACUACCUGCUGACGGUGCAAGCCGAGGACUCAGGUGCUGACGUGCGCUACGACUCUGCCACCGUCACCAUCUCCAUCAUGGACAUCAACGACAACGCCCCCGUCUUCCUCGACUCCCCCUACCUCGUCUAUGUGAUGGAGAACAUGGCCGCGCUGCCCGCCCCCAUCGCCACCGUCACCGCCUUCGACGCCGACAACCCGCCGUACAACCGCGUCAACUACCUGGUCAAGGAGGGCGACAAGUCCAUGUUCUCCGUCAACGCCACCUCGGGCCAGAUCAGCCUCCUGAGGGCGCUGGACAGGGAGGAGCGAGACCAGUACACCCUCACAGUGGUCGCCAUGGACACCGGCACGCCGAGACUCACGGGUACGGGGACCAUAUCAGUGCUGGUGCAGGACGAGAACGACCACGCCCCGCGCUUCGAGAAGGAGCUGUACAAGGCGGAGGUGAGCGAGUCCGUGGACCCCGACACACAGGUGGUGGGCGUCGCGGCCACGGACAAGGACGCCGGAGCCAAUGCGAAGAUCAGGUACUCAUUGGUGGAGGGAGCCGCUGGAGUGUUCAUGGUGGAGGAGUGGACCGGGAUCAUUCGCACCGUGGCUCGUCUGGACCGGGAGAGAGUGGCUCAGUACAUGCUGGUGCUGCAAGCUCAGGACUCCUCCCUCACGGAAGCCCGCUCUGCCACCACACAGGUAAUGGUGACUGUGACAGAUGAGAAUGACAAUGCACCGACCUUCACCCAGAGUCAAUACCUCAUCCAUGUGCCAGACCCCAUGGCUCCAGGAAGCUUUGUGUUUGGAGGUGAGGCGCUGGACCCAGAUGAUGGCCCCAAUGGGAGAGUUACUUACUACCUCUCCGGUAAUGAUGCUGACAAGUUUUACAUGAACCAGGAAACAGGCGUCAUCAAGGCAUCACAAGCACUGGCGGGAGAAGAGGAAUACCAGCUGGAAGUGCUGGCAACUGACUCUGGGGAUACACCACUUUCUACCACAGCCAUCCUGCAGGUUCACCUCAAGCCCAACAAUCUGUUCCCUGCAUUUGAGCCCCUUGAGAAAACCUUCAGCUUCAGUGAGGCUGCACGAGGUGACUUGAUAACCACCCUCACAGCAACCUCUUCUAAGCCUGGUCCCCUUGGUGCUAUUCGCUUCAGCAUUGCUGGUGGCAAUGUGGGCCAGGCCUUCGUGAUAGAUGAAAACACCGGUGAGCUUCGUAUCUCUCAGCAUGGCCUGGACCAUGAAACAGCAUCACGCUAUGAAGUGUGGGUAGCUGCUGAAGACUCUGAUGAUCCACCUCUUGCCUCUGUUACUCAACUUGUAGUCAAUGUCAAUGAUUAUAAUGAUAAUGCACCUGUGUUCUCCCAGUCAAUAUACAAUGCUAGCAUCCUAGAAGCACAAUACCCACCACAACUGGUGGCUACUGUCACUGCCACUGACAGAGACUCUGGCAUCAAUGCUGAGGUUGUCUACCAACUACGGCGAGACUCUCCAGCAGCAGAGGCCUUCACGCUGGACUCCAAGACUGGACGCAUCUACACCAAGAUCCAGCUGGACCGAGAGGAAGUGGAGACUUACACCCUGACAGUAGAGGCAGUGGACAAGGGAACUCCUGCCCAGACAGGCACUGCCAUGGUAGUUGUGACUGUCCAGGACAAAAACGACAACCCACCACGCUUUACCCGCUUGUUCAGCGUCAAUGUAACAGAGAAUGCUGAAGUGGGAACAUUUGUUAUUCAAGUAACCUCCAGUGAUAAGGACAUUGGGGAGAAUGCUAAUGCAACAUACAGUUUUACUGAAAACCCUGGUGGGAAAUUCUACAUUGACUCUGUGAGUGGUAAUGUGACAGUCGCAAGAGCCAUUGACCGGGAGCUAAAUGAUGAGUACCUACUGAAGGUCUCUGCAGUGGAUGGCUCAUGGCGGGCAGAAACACCGCUCACCAUCACCGUACAAGAUGAGAAUGAUAAUGCUCCAGAAUUUGAACAGAGCUAUUAUGUUUUUAAUUUCCCAGAGUUGCAAAGAAAUGUAGCUUUUGUGGGUCAAGUUACAGCCACAGACCGGGACAAGCAAGGCCCAAACAGUAUAAUUUCAUAUUCUCUCAAAUUCCCCUCAGAUUUCUUCAGUGUGGACCCAGCAAGUGGGGACAUUUUUUCUAAGCAAGCACUGCAGUAUAAGCACACACUGAAAGGACCUUCACCAGAAAAUCAGUACCAGCUGGUGGUGGUUGCCACUGAUAAUGGAAAGCCACCUAUGUCCUCAGAAAGUUCUGUUGUGAUAAAUGUAGUGGAUGCCAACAACAACCCUCCCAAGUUCUUACAUGACCGUUACUUCACACCUGUUCCAGAGAGCUCUGCCAUCGGGCAGUCUAUCAUCCAACUCAAAGCUGUCGAUGAACGUGACUUUGGUAUCAAUGCUGAAAUCGAAUAUCAAAAGGUGGGUGGCAAUGGAACUGAUUUCUUCAUGCUUGAGCAGAAGACUGGAUGGAUCACCGUGGCACGUCAGCUGCAGAACAGAGUGGAUACUCAGUUUGUGCUGCUGGUGCGUGCUCUGGACCGUGGUGUGCCCCCACACCAGGAUGAAGUACUCGUCACACUCGUGGUGACUGGCGAGAACAAGUUUGCUCCAGAAUUUGAGGCACUUAGCUACCAGUUCAGUGUACUGGAAAAUGAACCACUGGGUAACACCAUUGGCUCAUUGCUAGCCAAGGAUGGUGACAAGGGUCCAAAUGGAAUUGUACGUUACUCAAUCACAAGUGGUAAUGAAGCAGGCAAGUUUGCUAUUGAUGAGAGCUCUGGAGAUGUGACCAUCAUGCAUCCACUGGACUAUGACUCAGUUCAGGAAUACACACUCAACAUUACAGCACAUGAUUUGGCCUUCAAGCCCCUCUACUCCACAGCUGUCCUUACUGUUGUGCUCACUGACAUCAACGAUAACCCACCCAGAUUCAGCGAAGACCAGUAUGAUGCUUACAUUGCUGAGAAUGCCAAUGCAGGAACCACAGUGUUUAAGCUCAGUGCUACUGACAUUGAUUUGACAAAGAAUGCUGUCAUCAAGUACUCGAUUGUGGGAGGAGAUGGGAAGGAGUACUUUUCAGUGGACCCUGACACAGGUGAGGUCACCUCCAAGCGUGUGUUUGACUAUGAAGAGAAGAGCCAAUAUGUGCUUGAUGUCCGGGCUGCCAACCCCGACUCAUCCCAGUGGAGCUCCACCACCCUAGUAGUUCAUGUUACUGGCCGAAAUGAAUUCUUCCCUCGGUUCAUUCAGUCAGUAUUCCAAUUCACUGUGUCAGAGUCAGCUCAGAUUGGGACAUCAGUGGGUGCUAUUCAGGCCACAGAUGAGGAUAAAGGUGAAGAUGGAAUGGUGUAUUACUUGUUGGUGGGUGCCAGCAAUGACCGUGGCUUCCUCAUUCAGCCCACCACAGGCGUCAUCACAGUGGCUCGCAGCCUUGACAGAGAGAGCCAGAACAGAGUUGUGCUCACAGUCAUGGCCAAGAAUGCAGGUAGCAUCCGUGGCAAUGACACCGAUGAGGCACAGAUCACCAUUUCUAUUCAGGACGGCAACGACCCACCAGUGUUCUCCCAGCCGCUGUAUGAGACCCGCCUUUCUGAGGGUGCACUGGUGGGCACACUUGUACUCACGGUCACAGCAGUGGAUUCUGAUGUUCAGCCACAGAAUAACCAGUUUACUUACUCUAUCAUUGGUGGGAACCUGGGCCAGGUGUUCAAGGUAGACCCACAAAGUGGUAUGAUUGAGACAACAGCCCAGCUAGACCGUGAGACCAUUCAAGUGUAUAACUUGACCGUGGGUGCCAUCGACAAUGGAUCACCCCCUCAGACUGGCACCACGCUGGUCCGUGUCAUCUUGGACGAUGUGAAUGAUAAUGGUCCGAGGUUUGAUCCCCCAGACAUUGUGGGCUACGUAGCAGAGAAUGAACCAGCCAUGACCUCAGUGAUGACCCUCAGUGCAACUGAUCCUGACCUGGCACCCAACACACAGCCCUUCACAUACUAUAUCGUGGGAGGGGAGCAUCGUGAGUUCUUCACGGUAGACCAAGCUACAGGCGAAGUCAAGACUACUCGCAGCAUAGACCGUGAAACUACACCAGAGCUUACAUUCCGCAUUGAGGUUGAAGACAGUGGCAAGCCCAAGAUGAAGUCAGAGUACCCAGUGUCCAUCAUUGUGCUGGACAAGAAUGACUCUCCAUCCACACCACGCACUGUCACAGUCAAGGUACAGACUUUCCAGGGAGUCUUCCCUGGAGGUAAGGUGGCUGAUGUCCAUCCUAAUGAUGCUGAUACAGCUGGUCAGUAUUUCUGUGAAAUCCUAACCCAAGAUGCUGCCAUCUUUUCCAUUCCCAAUGCCUGCAACCUACAUGCUGCUCGAGUUCCAAGGGAUCACACCUACACCUUGAGUGUUUCAGGCAAUGAUGGCAAACAUCCAGAUGUCACCUCAAAGGUCACCCUUCAGUUUGAAUCUUUUGACAACAAUACCCUGAAUAACAGUCUCACCUUGAGACUGCUGAAUGUCACAGCUGAGCGCUUUCUCCGUCUGUAUUACAAGCCUUUUGUGGACACGUUGCUUCCCCUGUUCACUGGAGGUCACGUACGCAUCUAUUCCAUGUUGGAUGUUGACUCUCACACAGACCUCACCCUCUCAGUGGCCACUAAAGGUGGCAGCUCCUUCCUCCAGCCAGCUGAAGUGACUCGAAAACUAGCAGUAGAGGAACCCAGCCUAACUCAGUCUCUGCAAGGACUACAACUUAUUGUAGAUUACAACCCAUGCACUGACAUGCCAUGCAAAAAUGGUGGUGAGUGUUCGCAUGGUAUUCAUGCAUAUGGAGAUACAGAAAUAACAGAUUCUCCCAGUUUCAUUUUUACAUCACCUCUCAUUCGCCACGAUGUUUCAUGUAAGUGCCGCCAGGGCUUUACUGGACCCAGAUGUGAGCUGCGCCAAGACCCAUGUUCUCCCAACCCAUGCCAAUAUGGUGGUACCUGUGCCAGGAAAGGUUUCCACUUCAUGUGUACUUGUCCCCCUGCCCGCCAAGGACCACAAUGUGAAUUUGACAAGACCAAUGCCUGUGAUGACAACCCCUGCCGCAAUGGUGGCUCAUGCCAAACAACUUUGGAGGGUGGCUUCUUCUGCCUGUGUCGACCAGGUUACCGUGGGAACCAGUGUGAACUAGCCAGUGAGUCUUGCCGUCCCAACCCUUGCCUCAACGGAGGGUCCUGUGUCUCUCUGAAACCUGGUUAUCACUGCUCUUGUAAAACCAACUUUUAUGGCACCCAUUGUGAAAAGUCUACCUUCAGCUUCAGUGAGCUAUCCUACAUGACUUUCCCUACCUUGGACUCCACCACAAAUGACAUCUCCAUAACCUUCUCAACCAACAAACCUGAUGCGCUACUUGUUUACAAUUAUGGCCUCCAAACUGGUGGCCGCUCAGACUUUGUGGCCAUUGAGCUGAAAGGUGGCCAGCCUCGCUUUAGCUUUGGUGGAGCAAGAACAGCCAUCUCCAGGAUUCAAGUUGAGAGGAGUGUAUCAGAUGGCAAGUGGUACAAACUGACAGCAACUCGCAAUGGACGGGUCAUCUCCCUCAGCGUGGCUGCGUGUACUCACAACGGUGAGACUUGUGAUGAAUGUCGUCCCAACGACGGCUCCUGCUACAGUGAUGACACUGGACGCACAGGGACUCUCAACUUUAACAACGAGCCCAUGUACCUGGGUGGAGUGAUGACAGUGGAUCCCCUGCAGGAGCGACCUGGCCAAGUCCUUGCUGAUGACUUUAUUGGAUGCAUUCAGGCAGUUUCUAUCAAUGGCCGACCACUCAAUCUCACAGGCCCCAUCCAGGCUCGAGGGAUCUCUGACACAUGUGAACGAGUAGCUGAUGUGUGUGCAGGGAACCCAUGUGGUGAGGGUUCCACCUGCCUUGACCGCUGGUCUACUCACAUGUGUCGAUGUGCCAAUGGCCUUGUGGCACCAGACUGUGAAGUGUCCCUUCGCCCUGCCGCUUUUACCCGUGGGGCCUAUGUAGAAUUCCUCAUAACAGAACAGCACCGCCGCCGCCAGCUGCUGCCACGCCUCUAUGAGCAGCACUCCCGAUGGUCACGAGAUAUCCAUGCUCGCAGGCUACGUCAAGUGCCACCCCUACCUCCCAAGAGUCUUUCCUUCAGUUUCCGCACCAGGAUGGAAGAUGGACUCUUGCUUCACUCAGCCACCAACAAUGACUUCACGUUGGUGGAGGUGCGUGGUGGACAGCUGCAGUACACCUCCAAGUUGGGUGCCAACCAGCCCAUCAACAUGACCAUUCCUGAAGUAUCAGUCAGCGAUGGGGAGUGGCACAACCUCACUCUGCUGGCUGCUCAGUCCACCUUCAGACUAGUGCUGGAUGGUGUGCCUGUGGGUGAGGGGCUGGAUCUGUCUUACAUUCAUGACUUCUUGGAUGCCUACCUCACCUCCCUCACGCUGGGUGCUGCCCCUCGCUUCUCAGGCCAACUGCCAUACACUCCUGUAGGAUUUGUGGGCUGCAUGUCAACCUUCAGUGUCGACGGAGAAGUCCAGCCACUCAACUCAACUGGGUCACUGCUUGAGGCUGUGGCUCGUGGAGUUUCCCUUGUGACUGAUUGCACAGCUGCAGACCUUGGCCCAGCUGCCUCCACUGACCCUCUCUCCAUUGGCAUCACUCUUGUUAUUGUCUUCUUUGUCUUGCUGCUGGUUGCCAUCUUGGUGUCAUUUAUCGUGUAUCGUGUGCGCCGCCAGCGCCGAGAAAAGAGCGGAGUGCACGUCAAACAAAAUGGGUCGGCACUCUUGGCUAACACAUCCUCAGACUCAGGCAGAUCCCCACAGGAUUCAGGCUACGUUGAAAGUGCAGAAAUGACUGAUGAUGUCUUGCGCUCUCACCUCUCACAGGAGCUGGCCACCAAGAAAUACAAGGAGCGGGAUCAUGAGCGUCCCCAGAGGCCUGACAUCAUUGAGAGGGAGGUGAUGAAUAAGUCCCCUGGUGUGCCUCUGCGUGUGGAUGAGUCUCAGCUGCAGGACCGUGAUGCUAUGGCCGGACUAGGACAUAUGCCAGACUCUGAGGCACCAGAACACUAUGAUCUAGAAAAUGCCUCAUCCAUUGCAGCCUCUGACAUAGAUAUUGUGUACCACUACAAAGGUUACAGAGAUGGUAAUGUCCGCAAGUAUAAGACCAACCCUCAUGUGCCUGGUUACCACAAACACAACCACCGCCACUCCCCACACAACUUUCCCAACACUCCACACCGUGAAAGUCCCCGCAACCUGAUGAGGCAAAGUCCCAACCCUGUAGCACCAAGAGAGUCACCUUCUGUCCUAAAAAUGCAAGCCACAACACCACUUGCUCGCUUGUCGCCCUCAUCAGAAUUGUCUCAGCAGACGCCACGCAUCCUCACCUUACAGGAUAUCAGUGGAAAACCUCUUCAGACAGCAUUAUUGGCCUCCUCACAAGGUCCAGGGGUGAAGGAUGUCAUGUCCACGAGUGAGAGGUCUCUCAACUCUCCUGUGUCACAUUUGUCUCAGUCCUCUGGGUCAAUGCAUGCAUCAUCCCAGUCCACCAAGAAGAAAAAGCAUGACAGCAGCGUUAGCUUGGGACUCACCCCAGAAGAAAUAGAACGACUCAACACACGGCCUCGCAACUCCUCAUUAGUGUCUACACUUGAUGCAGUGUCUUCUUCAAGUGAGGACAACCAGCGGAAAGACAAACUGGCAGAGCUCAUAGAAACCAACACUGAGCUUCUGGAGCCUCCGGAUUCUUCAACAGAUGAAUCAGGUAAUGACUCCUUCACUUGCUCAGAGUUUGAGUAUGAAAAUAACUAUGAGAAGGUGACCCGUGACUUUGGACCAGGAAACAUGAUUUUUAGUAAACUAGCAGAGGUUGAUAAUGAAAAUGAACAUGACAAUGAAUCAGCCAAAAACUAUGAUGGUUUCGAUUCUUUUCGUGGCUCACUCAGCACCUUGGUGGCAUCCGAUGAUGACCUGAGCAACAUGAGCUCAUACAAACCCCCAAACGGCUCAACCUUUGGAUGGGAUUACCUACUCAACUGGGGUCCCAACUUUGAGAGUCUGGUGGGUGUGUUCAAGGACAUCGCUGAGCUCCCAGACAACACCACUAAUGGACGAGUGAGUGCCCGGGGCACCCCUAAACCCAGCGAGGAAUAUGUAUAGCAGUGGCUGCAGCUGAGCAAGCCCCACAUCACCAGCUAGCCAAGCUUAUAGGUUAUAAGAAGGGGCGAAGAGAAACAGAAACCAAAUGCUCCAGUAUCUCACCUGGUAGGCACCAGGGAGUCUCCCGACUCCAUGAUAGGAAUGGGGAGAGCUGAGAAGGGUUAACCAUACCCAUGCCAAGGUCUCUAGGCCUCUGCAGAGGGAUCCAGGGUCCCUCACCUUGCCACCCUUCCCAUGACAGGCAUUAUCACCACCAUACUUUAUGACAGUGUUGUCACUACGCUUCUAGUUCAGCCCAUGGUGCCUCCUUGCCAGCCGUGUGCCAGCUGAGGACACUUACAAUUUUUGUUGAGACAACUGAUUAGUGUUACCAGGAUUGUGUGCAGGAUGUGUGAUUGAACAUUAGUGGCAUGUGUCCAAAUGUGAUGUCUUGUGCAGGUGGAGAAAUGACUUCAUUGCUCUAAAUUUCACUGGAGCAGAGGAAAAGUGACAAAUCCUGGAUACAAAGUCAGUGACACUGUGGGACAAUCUGUGAUGCAAGAUCUAUCUGGAAAUAUGUAUCACAACCCAUGCCACCCUAUGUUUCAUUUUCAAUGAAUAUCAAACAUUAUAUAUUUUGUAUGUAUGCAUUUAUAUUAAAGUAUACAUGAAUACAUACAAAUAUAUAAAUAUAAAUGUGUGUGGUAAGAAGUGUAUUGACCUUUAUUUGACAAGAUACUCGAGUUCAUGUUGCCAAAACUGUUUUGAUUAUUAAUAUUAGAUUCCGGUUUGCUGUUGCCAAAUACAGUUGGUCUUUGUCUCCAAUGUGGAACAAAGCGAGUCAGUCUUUGUCAUGUGAAUUCUCAGAGGCCAAAUUUGUUUACAUACUCUUAUGUAAGUUAUAUCCUUUUUCCAUGUAAUAUUGUCCUGCCUUUUGACUACUGAACUGAAGUCUGAGCCGGGGAAGCCAUGCUUGAUAUGGUCAGCUCAUGGGGAACUUAGGCUAUAUCACAUCUUUCAUUUCAACUUUUUUAUCAUUUUAACAUAUCAGUACAGUCAAGUCACCCCAAUAUCUUCUGUUAUCAGACAUCCUAGUCUACAAUCAUCUUACUUUCACAUUUUUCCUUCCUUCUAAUCCACUCACAUUGAGCCUCUCUCCUUUCACCUCCACCUCUGUCCCGUGCUCAGGCAACCACAACAGGAAGGUUCACGCCCUCACUGGUAAGACCAGGAAUAUCUUCAUCUCAAACAGGUGUCAUGGUGCUUAGUAAUGAGAUCACUAGUGUAUAAAUCAUCUAGAUCUCUCGUGGAUACUAAUAGUCUUGUAAUUAUUGUGUAGAGAGUGAACCUGCUAUUCAAAUUUGCCACAAAGAAUAUUUCAUUGAAGUGAGCUAAUCCUCAACAGCAGUGGACCGAACAGUGUACUAUAUUAUAUUAACAGUAUGGCUCUUGUACAUUCCCCGCCUCGUGUACAUAGUCGAUUUCUUGUACAGUAUAUCUCGUACGUCAAGCCACGCAACGUGUGCCAAAUUGUUUGUUGUUAUUUUUUUUGUAUGAAUGGCAGCGAAAGGUGUUUUGGUGUCAUGCAACAUGUGAUGUAUAUUGUAAUAAACCUUUGUAAUGUGA